ACUUCCGCUUCCGUUUUCCGGUGUAUCAAUUGGAAAGCAAAAUGGCGGCGUUUGGACGUCUUUCUCAGGCUCUGCUGCGCUCCGGUGUCGCGGCUCAGACACGGCAGCUUUCAGCCGCGGCGGCUCACGGAGAGCAAGGGGUGAAGACCUGGAAGCUGCUGACCUUCUUGGUGGCUCUGCCUGGAGUCGGGGUGUGCAUGCUGAACAUGUUCCUGAAGACCCAGCACCACAGCCACGAUCAACCAGAGUUUGUCCCCUACCCACACCUCCGCAUCCGCAGCAAGCGUUUCCCCUGGGGUGACGGGAACAAGACCCUCUUCCACAACUCCCACGUCAACCCUCUUCCCGAUGGAUACGAGAGUCACGAGUGAAGGACGCAGGCCUUCCAAUCGAGCCGGACCAGAGGGCGGUCUCAGUCCGCCCUCUUUUUCCCCUCUCUUGACUCCAGGACCAUUUAUGUCAGUUUACGUACCAACACAUUUAAACCGUUUGACCUCUCGCUCAUGAAUAGUCACUCUCUCCUGGACCACUGUGUGAGUGUUAAUAAAACAAACCAAUAAAUAUAUAAUCCUUAACUUAUUAAA